AUGGGCUCUGGGUCUGUCAAAGCUGGAGGUAUGAGAGUGCCUAAAAAGCAUGAAUACGGACCUGUUGGGAAAAAUGCUAGAGCCCCAGGAAAAGACAAGACAAGUGCUAUUGACAAUUUUUCAAAACCUCAGAACGUGGGUGUCUUGGUAGCAGAAGCCCUGAGCAAAGUGAACCAUAAAAUUAAUGCAGCAGCAUUACAGGUGGCUCAACAAAAACCUCAGCCUGCCUUGGAGAAGUUCAUACUGCCUAAGAGAAUUUACAUUAUUCAACAGCCACGGAAAUGUUAA